CAUCCCCUAACUGUAAUAAAUGAAGAAAAUGGAGGGCAAAAGUGGAAAAUCAAUGGAGAAAAUAGAUUUCGGGUGGAAAUAGUAGUCGUAAGGCCACGGCAACAUGUAGAAAGGCUUAUAAAACCUAAAAGAGAAAACAAUGCGCAGCAGCGCUUGGAUUGAUCGCUAUUUGGCUUGCUUUGGCUUAGCUAUCAACACUUCUCUCGUUGGUUUUUUUCCUUGAACUCCACGGCGCAGAUCCGAGGAGUUUGCGAAACCCUAAUUCUCUCGCUUUUUCUCUAUCUCUCUAAAUCUCAACCGAAAAAGCUUCCUAAAGCUACCCCGUUUUUCUCCUCUCUCUCUUCAACAAAUCUCCCCUAGCCUCCCUUGAACACUUUUUUUUCUCUUGCUCUUGCUCUCUUAAUCUGCUUCAAGUCAUGGCAGGCUUGGCACCAGAAGGAUCCCAAUUUGAUUCUCGUCAAUAUGAUCAGAAAAUGAGUGAGUUGUUAAAAAAUGACGGAGAUGAUUUUUUCACAAGUUAUGAUGAAGUUUAUGAGAAUUUUGAUUCAAUGGGACUUCAAGAGAACCUUCUGAGGGGUAUCUAUGCCUAUGGUUUCGAGAAGCCUUCUGCAAUUCAGCAAAGAGGAAUUGUUCCAUUCUGCAAGGGUCUUGAUGUAAUUCAGCAGGCACAGUCCGGAACUGGGAAGACAGCAACAUUCUGCUCUGGAAUUUUACAGCAACUUGACUAUGGUGUAGUCCAAUGCCAGGCUCUGGUUUUGGCACCCACUAGGGAGUUGGCACAACAGAUUGAGAAGGUGAUGCGGGCACUUGGUGAUUACCUUGGUGUUAAGGUUCACGCUUGUGUAGGUGGGACAAGUGUUCGUGAGGAUCAGCGGAUUCUUCAAAGUGGUGUUCAUGUUGUUGUCGGCACUCCUGGUCGUGUCUUUGACAUGUUGAGAAGGCAGUCACUUCGUCCAGAUUAUAUUAAAAUGUUUGUCUUGGAUGAGGCUGAUGAAAUGCUUUCCCGUGGUUUUAAGGAUCAGAUUUACGAUAUCUUCCAGCUUCUGCCAUCCAAGAUUCAGGUUGGAGUAUUUUCUGCCACAAUGCCACCUGAAGCCCUUGAGAUUACUAGGAAAUUUAUGAACAAACCUGUGAGAAUUUUGGUUAAGCGUGAUGAGCUAACCCUUGAGGGUAUAAAGCAGUUUUAUGUGAAUGUUGAAAAGGAAGAGUGGAAGCUUGAAACUCUCUGUGAUCUUUAUGAGACGCUGGCCAUCACCCAGAGUGUCAUUUUUGUGAACACAAGGCGCAAGGUUGACUGGUUAACUGACAAGAUGCGAAGUCGUGACCACACAGUUUCUGCCACCCAUGGAGACAUGGAUCAGAAUACUCGUGACAUCAUCAUGCGUGAAUUCCGCUCUGGUUCUUCUCGUGUUCUCAUCACUACUGAUCUCCUUGCUCGUGGUAUUGAUGUGCAGCAAGUCUCCCUUGUCAUAAACUAUGAUUUGCCUACUCAACCAGAAAACUACCUCCACCGAAUUGGACGAAGUGGAAGGUUUGGAAGAAAAGGUGUUGCCAUUAACUUUGUGACUAGAGAAGAUGAGAGAAUGCUGUUUGACAUCCAGAAGUUCUACAAUGUGGUCAUCGAGGAGCUGCCAUCAAACGUUGCUGAUCUCCUUUGAUGAGAUUUACCUUUUUGAAGAUUGUUGAGGCAAGGGGUUUUGUUGUUGUGCAAGUCCUAUUUACCACGCUCUUUUCUUUUUUCUUUUUCCUUUUCCCAUCUAGCGUGUUUAAGUUAAAUGUUGUUCCUGAACACAUCUGACCAUUUAAUGAUAUGGGUCCUGCACAAUUGCUACAUAAAGAUUGUCCCGUCUUGCCCACUUCAUUGCCGUGGGCUUAUGUUAUUUCAAGUUUUGAUGCAGCAGCAAUGGUUUUUGGAUUGUAUAUCUUUUGCUUCUAGUAUUUCAUCCUCAAUGCUAUAUAGAAUUAUUGAAGGCUGUUGCUUUGGGUGGA